AAGAGCCGCCGCAGCCCCUGCGGGACGGGGGCCUGCGUCGCCAUGGGUUCCACCGGCGCCCCGGAGGGCGCGCUGGGCUACGUGCGCGAGUUCACCCGCCACUCCUCCGACGUGCUGGGCAACCUGAACGAGCUGCGCCUGCGCGGGAUCCUCACCGACGUCACCCUGCUGGUCGGCGGGCAGCCCCUGCGAGCUCACAAGGCGGUUCUUAUCGCCUGCAGUGGCUUCUUCUAUUCGAUUUUUCGAGGCCGCGCAGGCGUGGGGGUGGAUGUGCUCUCCCUGCCCGGGGGCCCCGAAGCCGGAGGCUUCGCUCCUCUCCUGGAUUUCAUGUACACGUCACGCCUACGCCUCUCUCCUGCCACUGCACCGGCCGUCCUCGCGGCCGCCACCUACUUACAGAUGGAACACGUGGUCCAGGCCUGCCACCGUUUCAUCCAGGCCAGCUAUGAACCUCUGGGCAUCUCCUUGCGGCCUUUGGAGGCGGAACCCCCGAGGCCCCCAACGGCCCCUCCACCAGGCAGCCCCAGGCGCUCUGAAGGGCAUCCAGACCCACCUACCGAGUCUCGCAGCUGCAGUCAAAGGCCCCUCAGCCCAGGCAGCCCAGACCCCAAGGCCUGCAACUGGAAAAAGUACAAGUUCAUCGUGCUAAACUCUCAGGCCACCCAAGCAGGGAGCCUGGUGGGGGAGAGGAGUGCUGGUCGACUGUGCCCCCAAGCCAGGCUCCCCAGCGGCGACGAGGCUUCCAGCAGCAGCGGCAGUGAAGAAGGACCCAUUCCCGGUCCCCAGAGCAGGCUCUCUCCAUCUGCUGUCACGGGACACUUCAAAUGUGGGGCUCCAGUCAAUAGCCCCCACCUCCUCACAGCCCCGACUCAAGAGACCCCUGCAUCGCAGUCUGGGCGGGCUUGUCCGCCACCAGGAAGUGAACCGUUCAGCUGCCAGAACUGUGAGGGAGUGGCUGGGUGCUCGUCUGGGCUGGACCCCUUGGCUCCCGGGGAUGAGGACAAGCCCUACAAAUGUCAGCUCUGUCGGUCUGCCUUCCGCUACAAAGGCAACCUGGCCAGUCACCGCACGGUGCACACAGGGGAGAAGCCCUACCACUGUUCCAUCUGCGGAGCCCGCUUUAACCGGCCGGCCAACCUGAAGACGCACAGCCGCAUCCAUUCGGGAGAGAAGCCCUACAAGUGUGAGACCUGCGGCUCGCGCUUCGUGCAGGUAGCGCAUCUGCGCGCGCACGUGCUGAUCCACACCGGGGAGAAGCCCUAUCCUUGCCCUACCUGCGGCACUCGCUUCCGCCACCUACAAACCCUCAAGAGCCACGUUCGCAUCCACACGGGGGAGAAGCCCUACCACUGCGACCCCUGCGGCCUGCAUUUCCGGCACAAGAGUCAGCUGCGCCUGCAUCUGCGCCAGAAGCAUGGAGCGGCGACCAACACCAAAGUGCACUACCACAUUCUGGGGGGGGCCCUAGCUGCGCGCGCCGCCUGGAUCCCACGAGCUUCCCGGACACCCGGAGAGCUGCGGGCUUGGGCGUGGGGGGGCGUGCAAGGCCCCUCGGGUGUCAGAAACGGCCACCACCUUGAAUUCUCGCUGGGGAGAGCAGGGGUGGCAGGUCCGCGCCCGAUCUGCCUCCGUUUUGCUGGUCAAAACCUCUUCCCCACAAUCCAAGUUGUUUCUGAGGAGAGAGUCAGCUGGGAGCUGCGGGUGGCGGGGCGGGCGGGGGGGCGGAACCGAGCUCUAAGCCCCGCCCUGCCCUCCUGGCUCCAGCCCCCCGGCUCGGGGGCGUCCCGCUUCACCACUGGCCAGCGGUGUACAGGCAUGACGGCCGGCACCGGCAGGGCCGCCUCCCGGCUCCAGGCUGAACGUCGGGUCCCCGCCCGGGCCCGUCCCGCCCAGGCCCGUCCCGCCCAGGCCUCGACCGGCUGCGCGCGGCCCACGGAGCCCCGCCCCCGGGAGCCGCUAGCGCGGAGGCCGCCGGCUCUCCCCACCUAG